AUGGUGAUCGUUUCAACCGAAAAGGUGCCAGGAGACCCGGCCGAGCUGCACCAGCUCAUGUUCAAGAAAAACCUCACGUCUAGCAAGGACACAAGCGCCUUCAAGAAGCCAAAGCGAAAGGUGGACGACGGCAGCGCCAAGCGGGAGCGACGGCGACUCAAGCGGUUGGCCAAGAGGCAAAAGACGGCCAGCCUGGUCCGGUGAGAACCCGGCGUGCUCCGUCCCGGCUUUGUAGGGAUGCGAGGGCAAUG